CGUAGACCGUCCACGACGGGCGACAUGCUGAGCCCAAAGACUGCGCGCCUCAUCAGAGCCAACGCAAACCCAUCACCCACGUACCACCGCUCCGCUUGUCCUGCUCCGACUAGCCUCGCCUGUUUCGUUGUCUUGUCGUCUGGGACAGCUCUUCGAUUCGUUCCGUCCUUCGCACCGCCGCCCUCGGAUCAUCUCCUCGUUCCUCACGGUACACAACAAACAUCUCUGACCAGUGCGCCCAGCAUGGCUGGCAAACAGGAUGGCCCGUCCAAGCCUAACGGGGCUGCAAAGGCCGAAGAAAAGGGCAAGGGAAAGGUAGACCACGGCAAGGACCAGAAGAAUGAAGCCGAGAAGAAGGACGAGGCGACAGCCGCCAAGGAUGACAAACUGCUACCUCCAGAAGAAUUGAGCGAGGAGGACCAGAAGCUAAAGGAUGACCUGGAUAUGCUGGUCGAGCGGUUAUUGGAGUCGGACAAGAGCCUCUACAAGCCCACGCUCGAGCAGAUCAAGGAUGCGAUCAAGACAUCAACUUCGUCCAUGACUGCGGUGCCAAAACCUCUCAAGUUCCUGCGGCCGCACUACGAGAAGCUGGAGGAGGCGUACCGAUCUUGGCCCGCCGGCGAGGACAAGACUUCCUUCGCCGACAUGCUCUCGGUGCUGGGCAUGACAUAUUCUGACCAGGACCGCAGAGACACGCUCAAAUACCGCCUUCUCGCGCCGUCGAAAGACAUCGGCUCGUGGGGUCACGAGUACAUGCGGCAUCUCGCCCUAGAGAUCGGCGAGGAACAGCAGCACAGACUGAAUCAAGAGGCCAACGGGAUGGAGCCGGAUCUGGACGACAUCAAGCAACUAGCGCUUGACUUGGUGCCGUACUUCCUCAAACACAACGCUGAGGCGGAUGCCGUCGACUUGCUCAGCGAGCUGGAGAUGAUCACCGACAUUCCUACCUACCUGGACGAGAAUACGUAUUCGAGAGUGUGCUUGUACAUGGUCAGCAUGGUCCCUCUCCUUCCAUAUCCCGACAACCACGAGUUCCUCAAGACAGCCUACAAGAUCUACCGCCAGUACGACCAGCCCACACAAGCACUUUUGCUUGCCAUCCGACUCAACGAGCAGGACCUCAUCGAAGAAGUGUUCAACUCAACAAGCGACAAGUCGACCAGGAGACAGCUCGCGUUCUUGCUGGGUCGCCAACGUAUCACCCUGUGUUUGAGUGAGGAGGAUUAUGAGGAGGAUCCACAACUGGCAGAGUGUUUGAACAACACGCUGUUACCGGCGCACUUCAAGUACCUUGCGAAGGAGCUCAACAUCAUGGAUCCGAAGACGCCAGAGGACAUCUACAAGUCGCAUUUGGAAAGCUCGCGGACGGCUGGUAUGACGAACACGGACUCGGCGAGGCACAACUUGUCGAGUGCGUUCGUAAACGCCUUUGUCAACGCAGGCUUCGGGCAGGACAAGCUCAUGCUUCUAGAGGAGAACAAGUCCAGCUGGGUAUGGAAGACGAAGGAUGAGGGUAUGCUAUCUACAACGGCUUCCGUAGGCAUGUUGAUGCAGUGGGACAACGACAAUGGCUUUGACAAGACUGAUCAGUACACCUACGUCGACGAAGAGUACGUCAAAGCUGGCGCUAAGCUUGCGAUUGGUAUCAUCAGCUCUGGUAUCCGCAACGAGUCCGACCCAGCCUUGGCUCUGCUCGGCGAUUCGGAUUCUCUGCAUGACAAGAGCGUUAUCUCAAGGAUGACCUCGAUAAUGGGUCUUGGUCUGGCCUAUGCCGGCUCCAACAAGGACGAGUUGUUGGAGGUCCUUCUGCCGAUUGUGGCCGACUCGAGCCUGGACAUGCAGCUCUCGAGUAUGGCAGCUCUGUCGCUGGGUUUGAUCUUCGUGGGCUCCGCAAACAGUGACGUCAGCGAGGCCAUCGUCCAGACGCUCAUGGAGUCGGACGAGAAGCGAUUAAGGGACAAGUGGUCCCGCUUCAUGUCCUUGGGUCUCGCGCUCCUCUUCCUUGGCCAGCAAGAAGAAGUUGACGUCCUGAUUGAGCUGCUCAAGGCUGUUGACCACCCAAUGUCAAAUGCAACGCAGGUCCUGGCCGAGGCUUGCGCCUGGGCGGGCACGGGUGCCGUGCUGAACCUGCAGAACUUCUUGCACAUCUGCAACGAGCACAUUGACGAAAAGGACGACGAGGACAAGAAGGAGGGCGAGGUUGCAGAAAAGCCGAAGGGAACCGAGCUGCUGCAAGCCUACGCCGUCCUUGGCCUUUCACUGGUGGCCAUGGGCGAGGAGAUUGGACAGGAUAUGAUUCUGCGCACGUUUGGACACCUGAUGCACUACGGCGAGGCAAACAUCCGCAAGGCUGUGCCUCUCGCUCUUGGCCUCGUCUCGCCGUCCAACCCGCAGAUGAAGGUUUACGACACCCUCUCUAGAUACAGCCACGACAACGACAUUGACGUUGCGAUCAACGCCAUUUUCGCCAUGGGACUGCUGGGCGCGGGAACCAACAACGCACGUCUGGCGCAGCUGUUGCGGCAACUGGCCAGCUACUACUACCGUGACGGAAACGCGCUCUUCAUGGUCCGCAUCGCGCAAGGUCUUGUGCACAUGGGCAAAGGCACGCUGACGCUGAACCCCUUCCACACAGACCGCCAGGUGCUGUCUCGCGUUGCUACGGCGGGCCUCCUGACCACUCUGAUCACGCUGAUCGACGCAAAGGACUUUGUCCUCAAGGAUUCUCAUUACCUGCUGUACUUCCUGGUCACGGCCAUGUACCCACGCUUCCUGAUCACGCUUGACGAGGACCUGCAGCCCGUGACCGUCAACGUGAGGGUCGGUCAGGCCGUGGAUGUCGUAGGCCAAGCUGGCAGGCCGAAGACGAUCACGGGCUGGCAGACGCAGAGCACCCCGGUGCUUUUGAGCGUUGGUGAGCGCGCCGAGCUUGAAGACGAGCAAUACAUUGCACUUACGCAUGCGUUGGAGGGUGUCGUGAUCUUAAGAAAGAACCCCGAUUGGGCGUCGUGAACACACAAGCGGAGAGUCUCAGUACGGAUUUAGAACGAGCUCGCAUUAGUUAGGGCAUUUGACUUUCGUUUUCGGGAAGGGCGCUUUAUAAAGCUAAGAACGCCGAACAGGUGGAUUCGGCUCGCUUCUGAGGCAUUGCAUGUAGACGCUGUAUGUACAACUAGCAGCUUUUGGACGCAACUACAGCAAAAAGUUGGUAAUACGACUGCUUCCCUGGUAAACUCGUACGACGCGGAGAAGAGACGGUCCACGUUGGAAAAUUCUAAAUUGAGUAGCGAAAUGAGACCCUGUCCCUGUGCGUAUGUGCUUCCCCCUACUGGACUAGGAGGCAACAGCGAUGGUGCUCUCGUUUGAAUGGGAACUGCGGACGUGCUUGUCGUCGUGUGCCUUUAUCGUUGGACG